AUGGAACGGAGCUUCAAGAAAGAGAACCGCCCUAUGCUCAUAAAAUGCAUCGCUCCUUCAAUCGCCAUCCUCUUCAUUGGAGUUUUCGGGCUCUGCCAUCAGAACGCACCUACUACUCCAAUUAAAGCCGGUCCCAUUCCCGAACAUCUUCGGAACUUGGGAUCCUCUUCACCAUCGGAGUACGCUGAUGACGAGCAACCCAAGCGAGCUGGAGCUUGCUCCAAUGUGGAUUAUGCAAACCAAACUUAUCUCGCCGAGGUCGAUCCACACUCCUUGCCUCUCAAUGAACUUUUGAUUCACCUGGACCAUCCCGCUUACGUGUCCCCGCCUAAUCCGGAUGGACCUACUAUUGUGGAUAUUGGGCUUUACAUACACAAUAUCUUCAACCUUGAUCCAGGUCUAAGUACUUUUGAUAUGGAAGGAUAUCUGGAUCUCAUUUGGUGUGAUCCACAUACCAAGUUUGAUGGCGAAGAAGCAGGCAAAGCACGACACAUCUACCUAGAAAGAGACGCGGAAAAAGAGCUGGAAGCCAUCUGGUGGCCAGCUAUUACAUUCAAAAACGAAAAAGGGAAACGGGUCACUGAAAACCAAGAAGUCAUCAUUGAGAGCGAUGGUACUGUCGAGUACAGGGAAAAGUUUAAGGUGACCUUGACCUCAAAGUAUGAAAUGGAGCGAUUUCCCUUUGACAAGCAAAUCUUGAGAGCCGAAGUUGAGUCUUUCGCAUGGAAUAGCAACCAAAUGUUAUUUCAUAUCGAAGAAGACCUGGUAGGAUUUUCGGAAGAUUUCGAAAUCCCAGAACAAACCAUGACGCACAUUGAAGAACAUCUUGAAACUGUCAUGGAAGCUCGCGAUCGCCAUCCUUUCUCCGAGCUGGUGACUGAGAUUCAUGUGUACAGAAAUCCAGCGUUCUAUGUUACCAAGGUUUGCAUCCCGCUCGGCUUGAUUGUGGCCAUUUCGUGGGCAGUCUUUUGGAUGGGCCCAACUGACUUGGCAGACCGCAUGGCUAUCUCCUUUACCGGUGUGCUCACAUCUGCUGCCUAUCAAUUCGUGGUCACGGAUGUCGUACCAAGACAUGUCAAUAACACAUUCUUGGCAAACUUUGUGCUGGUGACCUUUGUGAUGCAGAUUUUGACGGCAGUUGAGAACGUAGCUGUCCGAACUUUGCACAUUCAAGGCCAUCCAUUGGCGGCAAAGAUGGUGGACCGUGUCUGCAGAGUGGUGGUUCCUCUUUUCUUCUUGGUAGUUUGCAACAUCAUGGUAACCGCUAAUGUCCUUCAUGGUGAUCAAUUGACGUCUGGCGGCGUAAUUGGUAUUUCAGUUGGUUUGCCGAUUUUGUUGAUCCUUAUUUCAUGGUAUAUGGUACGUCGCUUCAAAGCUCGCCAUCCUGAAUACCAUUCUGGGAAGGUAGUAGGACCGAAUAGUUCCAUGGAAAUCGAGUCAAACACAACGAGCCAACAUUAUGCCGACGUAGAGUCGGCCGAUGAAAAAGAAGUCAAAGGCAACGAAGAUAUUUGGGAAAAUCCCACGCCCCUCACGGCCCCUCGCAAUGCAUAG